CUUUUGGCCUACUCCCUCACAGCAACAGAAAUGUUGCCGUCACUCUUUUGCACCAAAUUGGCCUGAUUCCAAGUGCCUCGUCACUGAAUGAGCCGCUAUGCCUGUGCCGGCGUGCCUUCUGCCAGGUUGCAGGGCUCCGUCAAAAAGUCUUGCCGGCCUGUUCAUCCGCGCCGCAUUGCCACGACCUGGCCCUCGACAAAGAUGGGCCUGUUCUCAACGCUCUUCACAGAGAUGGGCACACGUGGCGGCUCAUUUUGAGGCUGCUGUGGAGAAUAUUCGUAAUAUCGGCAUUAUUGCCCAUGUCGACGCCGGCAAGACCACUACGACGGAGCGUAUGCUCUAUUAUAGCGGCAACACACGGCAUUUAGGAAAUGUCGACCAUGGUGAUACCGUCACAGACUUCCUACCCAUGGAGAGGGAGAGGGGUAUCACUAUCCAGUCCGCUGCCAUUUCAUUCAAUUGGCCCCGGCAGGAGGACUGCGCACCAGAGGAACACGCCAAGACUAUCAACUUGAUUGAUACGCCUGGCCACCAGGAUUUCCAGUAUGAAGUCCUUCGAUGCAUGCCUGUGCUGGAUGGUGCUGUGUGUGUCAUGGACUCAGUCAAAGGUGUUGAAGCUCACACUGAACGGGUCUGGGCCGCAGCACAUCAGUACCAGAUACCAAGAAUCAUCUUUGUCAACAAACUCGAUCGAGACGGUGCUUCCUUCAGGAAGUCGGUCUUGGAUAUUGCCUCGAAGCUGAAGGCGUGGCCUCUGGUGUGUCAGAUACCCUGGUGGGUCGGUGACGACUUCGUUGGCGUGAUCGAUGUUAUCAAGCGCGUGGGCUAUAAAUGGUCUGGCGGUGGAUCGAAGAAGCUCUUCAACCGCGACGCCCUUCGAAGUGCACUCGGAUCGGAAAACCCACCACUCGCCGAAGAGGUCGAGCUUGCACGGGAACAACUCAUCGAGAGGCUCUGCGAGAUUGACGAUGAGCUUACCAUGGAGUUCGCUGAGCACGGAGCGGAUCUGUCUGACGAGGCAAUCAAGACUAGUAUCCGCCGUGCAAUUGCGGAUGGGAACGGUAGCGUUGCACCGGUCUUUGCUGGGGCCAGUCUGAGGAACAUCGGGGUCGAGCCCUUGCUGGACGCUGUUGUGGAUUAUCUCCCAAAUCCUCAAGAGCGCCCCCCGGUAGAGGUCUCAACCGCUACAGGAACACGCGGCUUAGAGAGUCUGAUUGCAAAGGAGACGACCAAGUUGAAGCAGAAGGGCGCCAAUGUUGCGGUGGCAUCCGUCUUCAAGGUCGUCAGCGAUGCUCACCGGGGAAUGUUGAGUUUUGUUCGCGUAUACCACGGCGUGCUUCAACGCAAUGCUGCUAUGUGGAACUCGACCCAGCGGAUUGCCGAGAAGCCACUCGCCAUGAUGCAGAUCCUCGCAAACAAACACAACGACAUUCCGCACCUCAAGGUCGGAGCCAUCGGUGCCUUAGCCGGGCUGAAAAAGGCCCGUACUGGAGACACCCUUAUUAUUUCCCCGGAGAAAGCAACCGAGACACUCAUGAAGAGCAUUCAGAUCCGGCCCGCGGUCAUCCCACCAGCUGUCACGUUCAUAUCCAUCGAGCCUUUCUCCGCCACAAACGAGGAAGCUCUGAAGAACGCACUGACAGAUGCAUCGAGAGAAGAUCCCAGUCUUCGGUGGACCAAGGACGAGAAGGCUGGGACAUAUAUCCUAUCCGGAAUGGGACUACUGCACUUGGAAGUCGCAAUUGAUAAUCUGAAGAAGUACAAGAUCGACGCUCUCUUUGGCACUAUACAAGUUGACUACAAGGAAUGCGUCACGUCGCAAACACAGCAGGAGCAGCACAUCAUCGACCGUGCCGUGGCAGGAAAGCCAGGCAAGGUAGCAUGUGCGGCUUUCGUUGAGCCCAUCGACACGGAGCAACAGACAGAAUCGUGGCGUGAUCGCGCCACUCGGCUUGGCUUCAGUGAUCUCCAGUCCGAGGAUGAAUUUUACCACUCCGGUUUCGAGCGAGACGGCAACAUGAUCAACGUCAAUAUCAUUCGCCCGAUUGAUGACCCGAAGCUCUUCGACGUUGACACCAUUUCUCACCAUUUGCACAAUGGGGCCAUCGCAGCCCUGUACCGGGGCCCGAGAAAAGGCUACCCUCUGCACGGCUGCAACAUUGAAAUCGUGAUAGACUGUGCCCAGGACUUCUUCGGCGCAGCCUCCCCCGCUCAUUACCAACAGGCUGGGUUUCACGCCGUGCGGAACGCGUUCAAAAAUGCACACGAUAUGCAGAAGAUUGGACUGCUGGAACCAGUUAUGAAAGCCGAGAUUGUUUGCCCGGAGGCGGCAGCAGCACAGGUGAGGCAUGAUCUGUCUUCGAGGCACGGCGGCCAAGUCAUGGAGACUGAAGACCUAAACGAAACGGUGUCCGGGGAAGGGGAAAUAGACCUCGAGCAGGUGUACGCACCGCCGGACCCGUAUGAAUCAGUGGCGACGCUGCGUCAAAACAAGAAGGGCGCGAUGAGAAUGCUCAAGCUGAAGGCAAGAGUGCCACUUAGAGACAUGUUGAAUUACGAUCAGCACCUGAGGAGCUUGACCGAAGGCCGACACAGCAUCCAAAUGGAGCUGGACAAGUUUGAGAGGGUGACGGCGAACAGGGAGAAGCUUCUGUAGUGGAAAAUCCCUUGCGAGCUCACUCGCAAUAUAUAGACAACACUGUGUAACUGCCAAGAUUUGGACAGCUCAUUACAAUGGCAUCCUGCGCUCUCAUCAA